UCAACACGAUGUAGGCGGUAAAUGAGGAGUAGCCUAGUCGGGUGCAAGUUCAACCUGCAGGAGGAUACCAGUGUAGGAUCACCUUCAUUUAAACAAAAAUAAGUCCCGACAGGGAGAACAGAACCCCUACGCGCAACGGACAGGGCGAACAGGACCCCGACGUAUUUCAUUCAUUGAUUUUAGAUGAACCUGCACAUUAGAGAAGUUGAGGAGCGAGCCAAACUGCUUCGGUCACUAAAAACUGAGACAGAAGACAUCAAGAAUAGAUUGGUGACAGUCUCUGCCAGGUGCCAUGAACUGGAAAACAUACAACCAUCAGAGGUACAGGCGAAAUCUGAACAACUGGCACCAGAAAGGUGGAUUUCAGGCACAGAAUGUAAUGUAACUAGCAGAGGUGGGACCAAGUCACUGUUUGGCAAGUCACAAGUCUAUAAACCUACAUCUGAUGUUGAAACAGUUCAGGAGCUCCUGCGAGAUGCCCUGGAGAAGAAUCAACAGUGGCUGGCGUACGAUCAGCAGAGAGAGGCUUAUGUCACAGCAGUGCUGGCCAGAAUCUACCGACUAGAACAACAGCAGGGUAGGACCAGUGUAGCCAUCCAGCAGCAGCAGCACAAAGAUUCUGAUUCAGAAGAUAGAAGCUGUCAAGAAGCACAAGGGCAGUAUGAGAAGGCCCUGAAGUCCUGUGAAGAACAGCUGAAGCAGGAGCUUCGAAGUAUUGCUCAGGCACAGGCAGAGCUGGGUCAUGUGAAGAGAGAGGUUCAUGACAAAAAGGAAGAACUUUUCCAAGUGCAGAUUCUGAUCCAAAGCAAGCAGAAAGAUCUCGACCAGGUACAGACAUACACCCAAGAGAAGCAGGAAGAGCUGGAUCAGUUGCGGCUCCAGAUCAAAGAGACCCAUGGAGAUCGGAGUGAAAUACAAGACCUUCUUUGCUGCAAAUGGACAGAGCUAGAACAGCUGCAGAAUGAGAUCCAGGUCAAGCAGUAUGAACUUGAUCAAGUGCAACACCAGGUCAGAGACAAGCAGAGCGAGAUGAGUCAGAUGCAUCAGCAGCUGAAAGACCAUAAGAGAGAACUUAAGAAAGGGGUGCAGCUGCAAGAGGUGUUGCAGAAACAGCAAGAGGAACAGACCAGGAUUGCCGUCCUAGAAAAGCAGGUUUCACGCUUUGCUGAAGAUGUGGAAACACAGACAUGUGAGAAACAGCAUUUGCAGCGGCACCUUCACAAAGUUUUAAAAGAUCUAAGCAAAGCACAGGAAUACAUCUCCAAAUUAGAGGAUGAGUUGGAUAAAGCUCAGAGUAAAACUGACACCUUUGAGGAAAUGACCAGUCCUGGGCUUGAGAAGCAAGUGAGACAGAGUGUUCAAGGCCUCAAGGGAUCACCAAGAGUGUCCAAUCCCCUGAACGAGAGCUUUCUGGAGUGUCCUAACUGCAAAAUCCAGUAUCCAACUAGUCGUCACAGGGAGCUAGUGAUUCAUAUUGACAAGUGUUGUGGAUGAUAGCUUACUUUUUUAUACACAAUAAUACAGUAUGUUUUAAUCAUAAUAAGACUUUCAGAAUACAUUCAUUAAUGUAAGAAGUUGUCAGGUUUAUAGGUGUACCUUAUAGGUGUUUAUAGGUGUUCAGAAUGCAAAUUUUAUUUAAGUUAAAUUUUCAAGGAAUGUUUUUAUGGAAGUAAAUGCAUUUUCAAAAUAUUACAUUUGUAUUUAAAUAAAUUCCUUAGGGUCUAAUCUUAGGACACCUGCUGUCUCCCAACACAAGACAUUUUGCAAAUCAGAUCAUUGGCUCACACCAGAUUGCAUGAGUAAAGCUGCAUAUUAUACUAUUUCAGGCUAGGGAUUAUCAUGGCAUGGUGGGGUUAGAGGGCAGGAGAGGCUCCUGGUCAUAUGAGGAGAGAAAUAGAAGCAUUGGUGUCAGAGAG